AUGGCAUCGAAACCUGAGAAACCUAUUUGGAUGUCCCAAGAGGACUACGAUAAGCAAUAUGGCCAUUUCGACGAUAAAGCUGAUCAACCAGAACCAACAAAACCAACAGAUGGAAAUGGUAGUGCAAGAUUAGAUGAAACGAAUAGUUCGACAGAUGACCCCUCUGAAAAAUCAACACAUGGUAUUCAAAAAAGAAAGCAUCAACGGUUCGAUCAAGAAGAGAGAAAUAAAAAAUUAAGGGUUCAGAAGUUACGAGAGGAACAACUCAAGCAACAUGAUAUUGAAAUGACUGCGAAUAGAACUAUAAAUGUUGAUCAAAUUGUGAGAGAACAUUAUAACGAAAGAACUGUUAUCGCGAACAAGUCAAAAAGAUACCUUUCUCCAAUUAUCAAGUUACGUAAUUUCAAUAAUGCUAUAAAGUAUAUGCUCAUUGACAAGUACACAAAACGUGGUGAUGUUGUUGUUGAAUUAGGUUGUGGUAAAGGUGGUGAUUUGAGGAAGUACGGGAAUGCAGGAAUAUCUCAAUUUAUUGGGAUAGAUAUCUCCAAUGCAUCCAUUCAAGAAGCCCAUAGAAGAUACAGGGCAAUGAGGAAUCUAGCAUUUCAAGUCAUUUUAAUUACCGGUGAUUGCUUCGGUGAAUCCCUAGGCCCAGCUGUUGAACCGUUUCCCGAAUGUAGAUUUCCUUGUGAUGUUGUAUCCACGCAAUUUUGUCUUCAUUAUGCAUUUGAAACAGAAGAGAAGGCGAGAAGAACUCUGAUAAAUAUCUCCAAGUCUUUAAAAGUUGGUGGUUACUUUUUCGGUACUAUUCCUGAUUCCGAAUUCAUUCGUUACAAGCUGAAUAAAAUUAGCAAAGAUGUCGAGAAGCCAUCAUGGGGCAACUCGAUAUAUAAAGUUACCUUUGAAAAUAAUGAGUACCAAAAGAAUGAUAAUGAAUUUCCAUCACCCUAUGGCCAAAUGUAUACAUACUGGCUAGAAGAUGCAAUUGAUAAUGUCCCUGAGUAUGUAGUCCCAUUUGAAACUUUAAGAAGUUUGGCGGAUGAAUAUGGUAUGGAAUUGGAGUUACAAAUGCCUUUCAAUAAAUUUUUCGUUCAAGAAAUCCCAAACUGGAUAGAUAAAUUCUCGCCGAAGAUGAGAGAAGGCCUCCAAAGAUCAGAUGGAAGGUUUGGUGUAGAAGGUGAUGAAAAAGAAGCAGCCUCGUAUUUCUAUACUAUGUUUGCAUUCCGUAAGGUCAAGGACUAUGUAGAACCUGAACUUUAA